AUGGCCGGAGCAAUGCGAACUGCGGCGCCGUGGAUGCUGCACCUAGUGGUGGCGCUGGUGGUCGCAGGAACGGCGAAGGCGGACGCCCACAACGAAGUGCUCACCCCCUGCGACGACGCCAAGAUCCAGCGAUGGGAUGGUUUCACCUUCGGCAUCGCCUUCUCCGGCCGCGAGUCCUUCUUCUCCAACGACGUGCAGCUCUCUCCCUGCGACAGCCGUCUCCCCCUCUCCUCCAACGGCGCCCAGCUCGCCGUCUUCCGCCCCAAGGUCGACGAGAUCUCCCUCCUCACCGUCAACGUCAGCACCAACACCUUGAUAAGCGGCGGCGGAUACAUGGUUGCAUUUUCCGGCAGGAAAUAUGCAGCGCGUUCUUUCCCUACUUUCGUCGGCAAUAGCUCGUUCGUGGUGACCGGCUUCACGCUGGUCCUCGAGUUCCAGGAGGGCACGCUCGUGAACCUGUACUGGAAGAAAGAUGGCUGCAGCCAGUGUUCUGAGAACGAGUCCUUCGUUUGCCUCCACGGCCAAGACUGCGCGAUCAAGACGUCGAGCUGCACGUCGCAGGGUGGUUCCAUCGACUGCAGGAUAGGCAUACAGUUGGCGUUCUCAGGCACCGAUAAGCAUGAUGCCGUUCUCAAUUCGUGGUACGAGGUCUACAACCUCCGGCAGUAUUCUCUCUUUCGGUUGUUUUCUAACCUCAAGGGCUCCCUUACCAGCCAGUUUGGCAAUGUUUUCUAA